AUGAAAACUGUUCCUGACAGGUGGCUCGAUUAUUCCAACAUUGGACAGGUAAUACCUGGAACACCGUUUAUUGCUUGUAAAACUCCAUUAAAAGAGAGCUUAACAAGUGAAAGCAGGUUUACACCUGAAGAUCUGAUUGAAUCAGUGAAAGGUCUUGGGAAAAAUCUUGUCUUGGUUAUUGACCUUACUUACACAACAAGAUAUUAUAACAAAAAGGAAUUUAAAAACAUUUCACAUGUAAAGAUUUUUACACGAGGACAUGUAGUUCCAUCUCCAGAUAGAGUUUCGCAGUUUUUUGAAACUGUUGAUUCAUUUAUGAAAAACUUGGGAAAAGAUGACACCAUUGUUGUUCAUUGCACACAUGGAGUUAACAGAACUGGAUAUUUCAUUUGCAAGUACAUGAUUGAUAAAUUAAAUUUUGAUCCGCAUAAAGCUAUUGAAGAAUUCAAUGCAGCACGGGGUCAUAAAAUAGAAAGAAAAAAUUAUAUAAGCAGUUUGAAAAGUGAAACCAUUGAAAUUCCAUCUAACCGUGUAUAUACAAGUCGGCCAGAAAAAGAAAUGGUACAGCAAUACCCCCAUCAACGGUGUGUGAUUGUUUUCCACUAUCUGAAGCAAGUUUUCGUUAAGGCACAUCGGUUCAACUGUCCGGUUGAUGUUGUUGUUGGCGCAUACUCGGAACUCAAAGUAACCUCGAUGGAAGAAGGUCAACUCAAUGGACACUUUAAUCUGCGUAGUGUUGGCUGGAUAAUGGCGGACCGUAAUACCAGUGGCGUAUUUCCCGCCAGCCUCGUGGUGCCGCUCUCCUUCGUACGGAUCGCCACAAGUGCCGCACAUCCCGUUGUUGUAGAUCAGGUUCUUUAA